AUGUUUGCCACGUCUGCUGCCCUCGUGCUGGGCUUGUUGAGCAAGGGUGCUUUUGCUGCCUUUGGCCUCACAACCACUAGCAAUGGCUUCAAGGUUGAUACCAACGGUGGCCUCGUAUUCGAAGUUAGCAAAGCCAAUGGAGAUGUCACAAGUCUGCUGUACAAUAGCGUCGAGUACCAAGGAACCCGCCACGCAUCGGGGAUCAACUCGGGUCUCGGGACGUCACAAGUAACCGCGGAAACCAUCGACAGCAAAUACAUCAAGAUCACAGCCAAGGCCAGCGGAUUGCCAGUAACUCACUACUAUGUAGCCAAGGCAGAUGACCCUACUAUUUACAUGGCUACCUACAUCACCGGCGAGGUUGAUCCCGGUGAGCUUCGAUGGCUUGCACGCCUGAACCAGAAGAACGCACCGACCGGUGUGCACGGGGAUGUCGGCAACACGAUCGGCUGCACCGCGUUUGAGGGCAAGGAUACAUUCCGAUGCUCCAACGGGCAAACUCGAUGCAAGAUGUACACUUCUGAUCGUUUCAUUGACGAUCAGAAUGUCGGCAUCUGGAUGAUCAUGCCAGGCACCGCUUACGAAACAUCUUCCGGAGGACCGUUCAUGCGCGACAUCAACAGCCAAACCACUUCUGACGACCAGGAACUGUACUGGUACAUGAACAGUGGACAUGUCCGCACCGAGCCAUGGCGCUUCGGGCUGAUGGGACCUUAUGCCAUGCGUUUCAACAAGGGCGAAACGCCCUCAGCAGACGUAGACACGAGCUUCUUCGACGGCCUCAGCAUCGAGGGGUACGUGCCCGCCAGCCAGCGCGGCUCCGUCUCCGGCUCCGCGUCCGGGGUCCCGUCCGGGUUCGAGGCCGUCGUCCACUGGUACAACGACAAGUCGCAAUACUGGGCCAAAGCCAGCAGCAGCGGCGGUGCCUUCAAGUCGCCCCUGAUGAAGCCCGGCACCUACACCAUGAAGCUCUACAAGGGCGAGUACGAGGUCGCCAAGGACACCGUCGAGGUCAAAGCGGGGGGCAGCACAACGAAGGACAUCGCGUCCCAGGAGCCGAACACGCCUGUCGUGUGGCGGAUCGGGGAGUUUGACGGGCGCCCGAUGGAGCUGAAGAACGGGGAUAAGAUCGAGCGCAUGCAUCCGAAUGAUACGCGAAUGGGAUCGUGGGGGGGCACGUAUACGGUGGGCAGUUCGUCGGCGAGCGAUUUCCCCAUGGCGCUCUUCUCCAAGGUCGGCAGCACCGCGACGGUGAACUUCAACCUCGAGGCCAGCCAAGUGAAAGAUCUUACCCUGAGGGUGGGAACGACGCUCUCGUUUAAAGGCGGCCGUCCCUCUGCGAAAAUCGGUAGUUGGACUGGAAAAGAUCCGGGAGCCCCAACUCUGAUCGACUCCCGCGGGGUGACCCGAGGAGCCUAUCGUGGGUAUGGCGAGGUGUAUAACUGGACGGUUCCGGCCAGUGCCCUGAAGAGUGGCGCGAACACCUUGACGCUGGGGGUAACUGGUAGCGGUGAUGCUGAUUUCCUGAGCGCGAACUACAUUAUCGACGCCGUUGAACUCCAGGGGCCAGCAUCUUAG